GAGAAGGUAAAUUAGGGGACCAUCGCACCAUCGCACCAUCGAUUCAUACCCCUCUGUGAUUGGUGCAAUUGUUCCCUAGGUCGUUGCGCCAGUCUUCCAACUGCAGUGUGCUCUCGUACAUGGCGAUAUAUAUAUAUAAUCGUUUUGCUAUCCAUUUCUAAAUCAUCAAUCUUCCUCUUCCAUUGAAACCUUACGGAUCGGCGCAAGCUCGAAUUCCCAUCUACUGCAUCGACACCGACCAAUUCUAUAACCCACAAUCGCACUGCAUUAUAUCCAAAUUCACAAUGGAUCAUUCGCACAUGGAUCACAGCAUGCACGAUAUGGGAAUGGACAUGGGAGGAGAUAGAUGUAACAUGAACAUGCUCUUCACCUGGGACACAACCAACCUCUGUAUAAUCUUCCGCUGGUGGCACAUCCGCUCCACCUUCUCGCUCCUCCUUUCCCUCCUUGGCGUCAUCGCCAUCACCGCCGGAUACGAAGGCAUUCGCGCCCUCACCCGCCGCUAUGAAUCCUGGGUCGACAGACAGCAAGGUUCCAUAACCCUGGAUGAUGUUACUGAAAAUACGCCUUUUCUCUGGGCAGGACGCAACCAAGAAGAAGUAGGCCAGAGAGCGCAUGUUAUCAAAGCUGCGCUAUAUGCUUUUCAGUAUUUUUAUGCAUUCAUGUUGAUGUUACUUUUCAUGACAUAUAACGGAUGGGUUAUGAUUGCAGUAGGAGUUGGUGCGUUUGUGGGUUUCUUGAUAUUUGGAAAAGACACUUCGGCUGCGAAGGAGACGGCAUGUCAUUGAGAGAUUGAAUUAUGGAGUUUUAAGGGAAUGAGCGCUUGGGAGGAAGACGGGUUAUAGUAUGGGAUAGAGACAGGGAGCGCGUCUUGUUGGUGAAAGGAAGAAGAACAGCAGGUCGAAGAGAUGGAUCGUGGGGAGUCAAGCAAGAUUUGUUUGAGACUGAGAAUGCCAGAUACCCAGACUUUUUCAAUCUAUGAUCUCAAGCGGCUACACAUGGGCUUAUUAAGUUUGCGUGGAGCCGUUCAUAUAUACAUAGACGGGGUCGUGUUAUGCUUUACAUGUUUCAAUCUAUAUUAGCAAUAUAAUGUUGCUCAAAUCUUCUAUUCGAGUUA